ACAGUGCCGAUGCAACUACAACAAAAAACAGCUGACUGCCUUUCUCUUUACCUUGCAAUCACAGCUGAUUCUAACUAGUACUUGCUGUUUCUUAUCAGAAAAAUAUCAGGUGUAAUAGCACUUAAAUAGUUCUCAAUUAAAAGGGCAAUGAAUAGGUGUAUGUGCGAGCAUAGAAUAGAAGUGGAUAAUCUGGACAACGGAGAAAUCAUUAACCAUACAAUACUUCUUAUUAAGGGGCACAUCCGUCAGCCACGAUUUCCAUUGCCCAACAACACAACAAAAAAGUGUGUGGAGGAGCAACUUGUAUUGCGGUUGAGACAGCAAUCAGUGCAUGCAGAUAGUGCAGGGGAAUUGCAACAACAUACCCCAAUAUCAAGAAACGGCCAGUUCAAACUGCUAUGUGAUCUGGGUCAACAUGUGUCACUAGCAGAGGAGGUUCAAUUGCAAUUAGAUUUUAGUUUCUGCAAUACUUCGCAUCAAUUGGAGAUUUUAUAUAAAGCUGCCGAUAGCAGCAACAAAAAGUAUCGUUUGCAACCGUUGUAUAUUACAUGUUCUAAACAAAGUGUGCCCGAGGAGCUUGUUCAUGAAAAUUGUGAGAAAAUAAACUUGAAUUUACGUUUGGUUCAAUGUAUCUAUGCCGAACAGCUAAGAACAGCGGGUUUUGGCAGGCGUACCUUUACGAUAAACGGCGAUUGUCAAGUAUUUGAGUCCAAUUUAUCGUGCGAAGAAGUUUGGCAGCAGAACGAGAAAGACUUGUGGCAAAAUUUCGCACAAGAGCUACUUACUUCCAGCAAUUGGGGUGAAGAUUCCAAACUGAAAUUUGUGGCAUUCAUUAGUUGUACGAGAUAUGACGGUGCGGCAGUAGCUGCCUCAGGCGACUUUUCAUAUGCAAAUAUACGCAUUCAUUUAAAGGGACACGCAGCCCUGGGAGGUGGGGGCCUGGCACUUUUUGGCGCAGCCUAUUUAUUUGCAUGGCCGCAGACUUGUAAUGCAAUACAAACUUGCUUUGGAAGCACCAAAGAAGUAGAUCUAACGGAAUUGCCCGAUGACAGCAACUAUCGACGUACAUACGGCGGAGUUUAUGCCACUACUUUAGGCGCUGUAGUGCAUGAAAUCGGGCACACCUUUGAUCUGGGGCACACUCAAGAUGGUGUGAUGGGCAAUGGCUUUGAUUAUGUAAAUCGAGUUUUUACCUUAGAUAAUCUGACGGAACAUCUGCCAGAUAGAAUCAUACAGCACGUGGCGCCAAAAGUGAUCGCUCAAGUAGCAACUCGUCCCCGUUUUACACAACUCAAGCGCACGACAAAUUCUUUUCUCGACAAAUACCACGAACAAAAAACAAGCGAUUCUUUUUAUUUUACCCGCAAUUGUGCAGUAAUUUUAGCGCACCAUAAAUGGUUCAGAAUUCACAAUGGAAGCGCUGACGAAGAGAGAGCGGGCGAUGCGGAGAUAACGUAUGAUGCGGUUAAUAAUUGUGUCAUAUCCGCAGGAGACAAUCAUCCGUUGUGCUUGAUUGAGGUGCGUUGCAUGGACAAUAGUUUAGUUAAAUACUGGUACGAGUUGCAAUCGGGCAAAGACAUCGAUGAGAUUUAUACAUUUCAUUUGCCAAAAGAGGCACACGAGGAAAAUCACUAUUUAUUCGUGCUGACAAAGACGGGGUUGACGAAGCGAUUUAAUGAAUACUAAAAUUCAAAUAUUUGCAAAUAUUUCGUAUUUUGCAAAUUUCUAGGUAAUGCAACACUAUUUCCUGCGUCGCUGAUGCUCUAAUAGCAACUUAUUUAAAAACUCAUUUGAGAGCCUUUGCAUUUGCAAGAAAGUAUUUCAUUACACUUGCAAAAGUGCAUAUACCUACAUAUAGUAUGUAUGUAUGUACAUAACUGUGUCGCCGUCUCUUGGAAGCAGUACAAUGAACAA